GCAAGGCUAGUUCCGAUGAAUUGGUUCAAGCGUUGUCCAGUCCUUGAAUCGUUUGAUCUUCAUGGUGUUGCUCAGUUGAUCAAGAAUGGGCAUGUAAAGAAUGUGAUUACAUUAACUGGUGCUGGACUGUCAACCGCUGCUGGUAUUCCGGACUUUCGCACUCCUUCCAGUGGAAUAUACGAUAACCUCGAGGAGUUUGACCUACCCUAUCCAAUGGCUGUUUUCUCCAUAGACUAUUUUCAUUCCGAUCCACGCGCCUUCUUCGAAGUUGCCAGGAGACUUUACCGACCGAACGCUAAGCCCACGAUAGCUCACUAUUUUAUCCGAUUGCUUCACGAGAAAAAUUUGCUCCGUCGACAUUACACUCAGAAUGUGGACAACUUGGACCGUCUAACUGGCCUUCCGGAUGAGAAGCUGAUCGAGGCACAUGGCACUUUUCACACUGGUCACUGCGUGCGUUGCGGUGAAUGCCACUCAUUUGAGUACAUGAAAGAGAAAAUUUUACGAAAACAGGUCCCACAAUGCUCCAAGAAUCAUUGUGCAGGAGUUGUAAAACCCGAUGUGGUUCUGUUCGGGGAGAAUCUACCACGUCGAUUUUACUCUCACCUGAGCUCUGAUUUCUCCGCCUGUGAUCUCUUGCUCAUCAUGGGUACGUCGUUACAAGUGUUGCCAUUCUGUGCUCUGUUACAUCGAGUCGGUACUAAUGUACCCCGAGUCUACCUGAACCGGGAGUACUCAGAACAGACUCAUUCCGGGUUUUUAACCUUUCUGAUGCGCUUUAUGGUUGCUGGUUUCCGGAAAAGGGACUUCCGCUGGCACCGCUCCGACAACACCCGGGACGUUUUUGUGCGAGGCGAUGCAGACGACUCUGUGCUGAUGCUUGCCGAAUUACUUGGUUGGAAAGAAGAACUCCUUGCUUUGAAAAAAUCGACAGAUGCCAAAAUAUCCGGCGACUCGCUGGACUCACCCAGCUCUUCUACGACUGUCGAAUGAGUGUUCUUGCAACGGAUAGCUGGUGCUCCCAUAACUUCCUCUCAUGAACCUUUGUAACUGUUGUUCCCAUAUAAUCCACAGCUGACACUGUCUUUGCGGUGACUGUGUUUUAACACAAAACUUGGGUCAUACAAUUAACUAAAUUCUGUUAUUUUAGUAUUUUACGAAAUAUGCUGUUGAUCAACCACGGA